AUGAUAUCGGCGAAGGAAAUAGACACCGGGAAAGAGGGGAAUGGAAGGGGAAAGAGUGAGAAGGAAGGCGAUCGGAAGGGGACGGCGAUGCUCGAGCGCAACGAAGAGGGGAGAGCGCUGGAAUGUAACGAUUCGGUGUAUGAGUGGGCAGCGGAGUUUGAGGACGGAUCGGCCGGGGGGAUGAGUGGGGGAGAGGGAGUUCAGGCGAAGAGAAGAGAUAGGAGGAUGAAUUCUGAGCGGUGGAAAAGAGCGACGGCAGGGGGGAGAAAUGAGUCACCACUUUGGAAGGCCUGGCAGAAGAAGAGAGAGGAGGAAAGAGAGAGCGAGACAGAGGAUAACGCAAGUGAGAGCGGAAAAAGAGGAAGACAAGAUGACGAGGAGUGUGAAGAGAGUGGCAAAAGGAGGAAAGAGGACAGCGAGAGAGCAGAUAGAGAGAGACUGAAGAGAAUAGAGGAGAUGUUACUGAGUUUCAGGGAAGAUACUGUCAGGGCACUGAAAAAGGCGAAGGAAGAGGGAGAGGGAAUUAGAGGAGAGAUAAUGGUAAUGAAUGAGAAAUGGGAGAAGUGGGAGAAUAAAUGGGAGGAGGAAAAAAGGCGAAUGCAAGAAGGGUUAAUGCAUAUAGGAGAGACAGUCAUAGAAAUGAGGAAGGAACAAAAGACCGAUAUAGCCCAAGCGAAUGUCAGACUCACACGGUUGGAGGAAAAGGUGAGUAGGAUGGAUGACCUGGAGGAGUUGGUAAAGGGAUUGAGGAUGGGAGGAGAAAAGAGUAGCGGGAGUGCAGUGAGUGCAGGGAAGGCAAGUAAAGAAAACGAGCAGCUGAAGAGAAGAGUGUGGGAUCUGGAGUGGAAAGCGGAAAAGAAAGAAAGGAAGAGAAGAAAGAAGAAUUUGAUCGUGAGGAAAAUUCAGCUAGGGAAGGGGGAUGGACGAGAGGAAGUGGCAAAAUUACUCACAGAGGUCAUGCAAGUGCAGGCCCCUUGUCAAAGGGGUUAA